AGCAAAUUUUAUUUAAUUUGUCCCUAAAAUAGGAAGUAAUCAAUUAUAAGUGCUUUACAUUGUAAUCCAAUGAGAUUAGCAAUAAAACCACCAGAUUCUGCUAACUAAUUCUUUCUCAUUUUUUGCAUUUAUAAACCAAGCUAAGAAGAGAAUAAUUUAUCACAUAGAGAAGAAGAAGAAGAAGAAAAAGGGAGGCAGGAUGGCGAGGAGAAGGCUAAAAAUCAGAAGAUUGGAAGAUAUGAGGGCAAGGCAGGCAAAAUUUUCAAAGAGGAAAAGAAGUCUUGUGAAGAAGGCAAAGGAACUUGCCAUUCUCUGCGACGUAGACCUUGCUCUUAUUUUGUUCUCCCCCACAGAGAAGCCUGUAGCUUUGGUUGGACAGGACAAGGAGUUAAGCACUGUUCUUGAAAGGUUAUCAUCAUUAUCCGUGGGACAACGAGAAGAAAGAAGGGCCUACACAAACAGGUUGGUGGAGAAAAUGUUUUCAAAAUCCGACUCUGAGGCUGAUCCAGGAAGCUUCUUAACUGACAGAAGUGAAGUUCUCAAAUUGCGAGAAGAACAAUUGAAUGAGCUGAAUGGAAAGCUUGAAGCGAAGACCAAAAUACUGAGGGUUUGGAAGAACCCACUUCUUGUUGAAGACCCAGAACAACUUAAACUGAUGGAGGACCAUCUCAUUGCAUCCCUUAACAAAAUCAGCAUCAAGGAUGGUGAAUUAUCGGAGGAAAAUGAAAAUGGGUCCAAUGGGGCAAAUGGAAAUUGAACAUACUCCCUUACAAGCUGAAUGCCAUUUGCAGUAUCUUGAAGUCGCCUUGGCAAGUUCGAGUUUGUUAACCUCUCUCGAACCUUGUUAAUAUAGAUAUUUAAGUAUU